CUUCCGUGUAUCGAUUGCUUUUGUCUGGUCUGCCAACCGUCAGGACAAGUGAUCCAAAAUGGUGGCCACCAGGAGCAGGUUGCGCGUGUGCUCCCCAACUCAAACAAAUAUCGAGCAGCCCUCCCAUGUCCAGGCCACUCCAUCCAACGGGAGAAGAACCAGGAACGCGGCUCGACAAGCGGACAUCUCCACUCGCCGUGCCUUGGUGGAGACCAGCGGACGGCUUCGAGAACAAACGAGCGACCCGCAGGCGUCUGUGUUGAAAAAAUGCACCCGGACCUCCAGACUCCACAGCCCCGAGCAGCCCUGCACUCCCGUGGGCUCCACCCACGAAGCCGAUGUGUCCAACCUGGAGUCGGGGUGCUCUGUCACGGCCGAUGUGGAACUUCCGGUGACGCGCAGCAGGGCGGCCCACAAAGUGUAUCAGGAAGAAGAGGUAUCCGAGGUGGAGUCCUGCUCUUCCAAGAAUGGCCGAAGCACACGGAGGAGAGCUCCAGACAAGAAGGGAGAAUCCGGUAGCUCUGUUGUGUCUGACAGUGAACCUCCAGCGAUGUCUAGCAGAAGGAGCAGAAGACUUGCUGUCACCUUGAAUUUUGCUGAAGAAGUAGUGUCUGAGGCGGACUCCUGCUCUUCUUUAGUGUCUGCGCAGAAAACUGUCAAACGCACGAGGAGCAGCGCCGUUCCUGACGUGGAUCCUGUCAAGGCCGCAGAUGACAAGGUCACAUGCGAUUUAGUGCCGACUGAAUCUCAAAGCGUCACCCGAAGUCAAAGAAAAAGCACCAGAAUCUACGCCAAUCCGCAACCGGAUGAGUCCGACGUUUCCGACGCCGAGAGCUUCACUUUGGAUGUCUCGGGAGCUGCAGCUUCGCAGUCCUCGAGCCGCAGAAGUGUGAGAUCCAGAAAGCUGUGUCCUAUUCCAUUCGACCUGGACGAAGCCUCAGAAAGCUCUCCAACUCAGAGUAGUCGACGGACCACCACCACUGAUGAGAAGUCUUGCGACUCUGAGGGCUUCGAAUCCGGUACGGAAUACACCAUCUGCACCCGUCAAAUGAUGAAGACCCGAUCCUCGAGUUCCAAGUACGCAGAAUCAGAUUCUGACCUCCUGGACGGACACUGCGCCCUGGGUAGCCCCGGCAGAAGUCGCUCCGGGAGCGGUCGGCAGCGGCGACCUGCGCCCAACUCUACGCUGUUAAUGAAGGAUCUCUGCGUUGUCCUGGAAAACGCCACGGAGGGAAACUUAUUAGAUGACUCUGUGCUAGAUAGCACGGUGGUUGCUGAGGAAGCAGACUGUACAUUGUUGGAAGAAGAGAAGAAAACCACCUUGAUGUCAAAUGAAGCGGUAGUGAAGGAACAGGGAGAACUGAAUGGGGAAGAGGUUUCUGGUAAGGUCGCAGUGGCGUCCGCAGACCAGCAGGGCGAGCUGUCUGCUGUAAAACAGGAAGAGGACGCCUCGGCAGUGGAAAAGAUUGAGGACACUGGGCCUUCAACCUCAAGAAUAACAUGCGAGUAUGUCAGAACAGAUGACGAGACGAACGAAAACGUGCACAUGGAGGUGUCACUGGAGGACCAGGGUUUGCAUGGCGAUGUGUCCGGAACACAGGAGGAGGUGAAGGACAUGGAAGUCCAGCAGGUGACACCUGAGGAUGUAAAAGCUGCCCAGGAAACAAUGAUGGAGAGCAGCAAGGAAGAGGAGGGAGAAGAUAUUGAUGAGAGGAAGCCCGGAGAGGCCACGGCGUCCGUCGAUGAGCAGGUGACACCCGAGAAAUCUCUGCCCGAGGACACGAAAACUACCCGGGACAUGCCAACUGUCAGCCACAUGGAGAUCAGCGAGGAGGUUGAGAAAAAGGAAGACGAAUCCGAAGAAGAGGAUAUUGGAGAGAGACCAGGCCCCUCCAAGAAGCCCGAGGAGAAGGUAGCGUCGUCCGUCAAUGAGCAAAUGACACUCAAGAAAUCCUCCUCUAAGGAAAUAAAAGCUACACCGAAGACUAAAACAAUCAGGCUCAUGGAGAGCAGCGAGGAUGAAGAGGAGGAGGAGGACGUCUCAGACCAAGAAGACGACGAUAUGGGAGAGCGACGAGGCUCCUCCAUGAAGCACGAAAAGGAGGUGGUGGCGGCGGAGUCCAUCGACGGCCUGUUCAUGGUCGACACACGGCCCGGGCAGGAGUUGGACGAAGAUUACUAUACGGAGCGCCUCACGCAGGAGGAGGUGGUCGGCGCCAAGAAAGUGGAGGAAGAGGAGGAGGAGUUUGUGGAUGAGGAGGCCGGCGCCGAUGAUGACGACGACUGCGGGGAAGCGGCGCUCCUCUUGUCGAGCAGGAAUCCUCUACUGAAAGAGAUGUCAAGUCGCAUUGACCCGGGCAUCAACAUGAGACAGCUCGGGGGGUUGUACAUCACUUUCGACGGCAGCAAAUCAAAACCGGGCUCCAGUUCGGUGCACCGGCCGAAGGAGAAGAUGGACCAGGAUGAGGUGAUGAAGAAGAGCGUGUUGGGUCCAGACUUUGAGAAGAAGGACACCGUGCCGCCAUACAGUGAAUCCAAACACGCCUUGAAACAGAAACGCAGAGUGGAGCGUGAGAAGACCACAGGGGAUGCUUGGUUCAAUAUGAAAGCUCCUGAGCUCAGCAAUGAGCUCAAGGGAGACCUGAAACUGCUCAAGAUGAGAGCCUCCAUGGAUCCCAAGAGGUUCUACAAGAAGAAUGACCGAGAUGGGUUCGCCAAGUACUUCCAGAUGGCCACCGUGGUGGACAACCCCGUCGACUUCUAUCAUUCCCGCAUUCCCAAGAAGCAGAGGAAGAGGACCAUGGUGGAGGAGCUGCUGGCUGACGCAGAGUUCAGGAGCAACAACAAGAAAAAGUUCCAGAAGAUCGUGGCCGAGAAAGCAGCUCAGGCAUCCGGCAAGCACAAGAAAUACAAGAAGAAUAAAUUUCACAAGAAAUCAGAGAAAGUCACAAAGCGAGAUUGUAUGUGAGACACGAGUCUUACAAAGAUGGACUUGUACACAAAUUAUGGUAUGUACAAUGGGAAAUAACGUGUUGAAAACAUGGGUUUUUAUUUUCCCUGCACAGCAAUCCUUGUCAUUUACAAAUAUUAAAAUAAACAGUCAAAUUAUGAUUAAACUGCAAGCUGCUGGCGCCAUUGUUUGUUUUGUAUGAAUUUAAAAAAAUACAUUUUCUGUAAACACUUGAACACCUUUAACAAUAUGAUAAAUGGAACAUUUGUAUUUGUUUUUAUUUUGUAUUGGAACAAAUAAUAUUUGAUACGACUAAGCAUCAAGUUCUCUGUUCAUGUGUACAUGCUGUUGCAUUUUUCAUGAAAAAUGUUACACGAAGUCUUAAAUUUUAAACUUCACGAAUCCUAGAAGACAUUUUAAAGUCAAUGAAAAUCCUGAAAAACUUUUUUCAUUAAUGUAUAUUUCAUGUGCAUAAAUUAUUUCAUAAUCAUUCGUAUUUUUGUUUGAACCCUAAAAAAAGUUUUACUUUUUUUUUUUAUUUUGUUUGAUGUGCUCUUUGUGAAAUUGAUUAAAAAGGUGUCUUGAAAAUGGCUCCUUCCACGAUCAAUGUCAACUAAUACUGCAUCAAAGCAAGAACAUCCCAACCAUCUUAUUGCAGCAAUUUUAGAAACACCGUUUGAUGGGCAUAUUUCUAAGAAGCCGAAGUCACUGGUGCAAUGUACACUAGUGUACAGUGUUUUAGAAUUACCGUCAUUUGUUGACUAAUCGGCUGACAUGAUUGAUUUGUUUUUUAGUUCAGUGUACUGGUCUGACCUUAAGCAUUUUCGAGUGGUGCCCCUGUCAGAACUGGCACUGGCCCUGUAUAUUCAUGAUAUAAUAUGAGAAGUGUCAAUGAUUAUUUCAUAUUUAGUGUGUAUGUAUUUCAUCAAUUUAAGUGGAUAAAAUAAAUAUUUGGGGUGAAAAGCAAGAAUGCAUUGAUUUCACCAAAUUUAUUAAAUUUGUACUGUUCCAGUA